AUGGAUCAAGCGGUCGCCGUGCUGUUAAACUUCCCGCCACCGGGUGGGUUCGCCGACGACGCGCAGUACCACUCGGCCGCUCAGUCGCACGUCCUAGAGGUGGAAAAGCUAACCGCGAAGGCCGACUUCAACAAAAGCUAUGCUGCUCAGCUCCUCGAUCAUGUCAAUCCAGCCCUCAAUUCCAUCUCGUACCUUAGCCUGCUCCUUGCCGUCCGGGGGGCCAACAGCCUACCGCAGGCCGAUCUCUUGGCCAAAUUCUCCGUCUUCCUCUGCACAUUCGACGCCCGCCAAAUACGUUACAGAAGCUCAGCCUUCUCGGUCGUUCUCGACUUGCUCGCUAGCGGGAGUCUGUUUCCGGCCUCGGUUGCUGUUGAUCUUCUCACAACAGCCCUGCUCCGGCUUGAUCCAACGGGGUCGGUGCUCACCCCCCACCAUGUUGCUCUAGUCAAACUCGCAUACACGACCGACGCCGUCGAACCAGCACUGCCUCUCCUCGAGAAGGACAUCAUCUUCUACCCCGGCGUGAAGGGCCUGUUGGAGACGCGGCCUCUGUCAGACCCGGACCUGCCACCCGCAGCGUACAUGAACCGAGAGCCUGGAGUACAGAAGUCGCUCAGCCACAGCGACAUUCUUGAAUACGAUCUCCUCCGUGCGCUGUGCUUCAUUCAGCGGAGGGCAUGGCGGCAGGCCUUUGACGCUCUGGAGCGUGUCCUCACAUACCCCGCCAGAGACAGUCACUCAUGCAGCAAGAUCAUGGUGGAGGCGCACAACAAGUGGAUUCUCGUCGGGCUGUUACUCAACGGCAAGGUACCCACAAUGCCGGCCACCAUGGCGGCCGGAGCUCAGAAGUCUCUCGCCGCCCUGGGCAAGCCCUACCAGUCGAUCGGCAAGGCGUUCGAGGAGAACACGGCCGAGUCGCUCAAGGCCGAAUACGAGAGCCUGGGCGCGCAGUUCUUCAGCCAGGAGAACAACCUCAACCUCAUGCGGCUGGUGAUGCAACACUACCAGCGGUGGCAGAUCCUCAAUCUGCGCCAGGUGUACACCAAGAUCUCGCUUGAGCAGAUACGGGCGCGGACGCAGAGCGCCGAGACGGCCGCGCCGUUGGCAACGGAGGCCGAGAUAGAGAAGCUGGUGCAGGAGAUGAUUGACGAGGGCAUGUUGAGCGGCGUGAUUGAGCGGCCGGAUGGCGGGCUUGCUCACCUCAUCUUCGUCUCGCCGAACGAGGAGCUCUCCGAGGCUGAGUUCGCGCAGAAGAUGAUGCGCACCGCGCAGCGCCUCAAAGAGCUGGAGCCUCUUGUCAAGGCGGCCAGCGAGCGCCUGGGCACGAGCCGCGACUACAUCAAGUAUUUGGCCGGACAGCAGAAGAAGGAGAAAGACGGGUGGCGCGACUACGACGCAUCGUUCGUCAACACAGUCGAGGACGAGGACUUGAUGACGGGUGUGGUUGCAGGCUACUAA